AUGGAGCACACCAAGAUCGUUAAGGGAGCUGAUGGAGCCAUUCUGCGCCGCUCUGGUCAGAUGCUGAAGAGGUGGCGAGAGUACUACAAUCACUUGUGUAACGAAAAGUUCUGUCAUCCUCCCAUCCCAACUGUUCCCAGCGUCGAGGGUCCUGUUCUACCAAUUACUGCCGUCGAAGUCAGGGCUGCCCUCGCAAAAAUGAAGUCGAACAAGGCAACCGGUCCUGACAUACCUGCUGAUAUCGUUGCAGAAGGACGGACUCCAGACAUUUGGCAAACUUCUGUGACCGUGCCUGCCUGGAAAGCGGAAGGAGACAUUGCUGACUGCACUUCGUACAGGCCUAUACGACGGCUGUGCCAUACGAUGAAGGUUUUUGAGCGUGUCCUGGAAGCUCGUCUGAGGAAAAUUGUCAGCGUUUCACUCAACCAGUGCGGUUUUGUGAAGGACUGCAGCACUAUAGAUGCUAUCCAUGCUGUCCGUAUCCUCCUGGAGAAACGUCGAGAGAAGAACCGCAGCGUGCAUCUUGCUUUUCUCGAUCUCGAGAAAGCUUUCAACCGUGUCCCACAUGAGCUGUUAUGGAUAUCCAUGAGGUCGCAUAGAGUACCAGAAGAAUAUGUGCGAGUGUUCUCCUUGGUCAAGCGUAUAACGUUGGAAGUAGACGACCACAUUUCCUCCACACUACGAGUAGGUCCUCGGAUGUCUCUUCCUUGGACGGGAGAUUUUCAAGUCCAUAACGAGCAGAUGGUGUUGGGCAGCGACAUGGAUUCGCAACCCGUCGUCGUUACGAGCUCCAUAACCGUAUCCACCAUGACACCUCUCGAACCCGUCUUUCCGAGAAGUCUCCUCCGAUUAGAGGUACUUCUUCGCCUUCCAGGGAUUGGACGUACUGCUCCAGAUCUUCACAAAAGCACGCCUUCUCUUCUUUACUACAGCCCACCUGUGGCGCAUAAGCAGAGACGACUCGCAAUUCCACUUCUCCUGUGUCUACUUUUACAGCCAUCAGGCGAUCCGAUAGUCGAUCUAUUUGACGACUGUGGCGCUGUUUCUAAACGACUCGCUCAAUAUGAUACCAACGCCAUUGCGAUUUGA